AUGCAAUGUAUUGGUGGAUACUGAGCCAUGCGUAGUCGCAUACAUGCACACAAGGACGGGAAAUAUGGCAAACCUCCCAGUUCAGGCCAAUCAAAGAACACUGUCAAACGCCUGAGGCCCUUGUAGAUGCUCCAAACUGCUCACUAGCUGCAUUUUCUACGACAUCAUCUUCUCUAGAAUGAGAGCGAAGGAGGCACCUCAGCUGCACGAGAGCAGCUUAGGAAAUAUCCAGCUCUUGGCAGCUUGGCAUUAAAAUGCUUCUAUUUACUUAUACAUUGCCAACCCGUUCACCCUCAUGGACUGACAGCAGCAACUCCUGAUAUCACUGGCCCUGAAUACAACUUUGGCCCUACCAAAUUCCGCAUGCACCAAAAAUGAGUGUCGUGCAAAAUCCACCAAAAAGGCUCAUCUACUGCGUCGAUGGCACUUGGUGCGGUCCGGAUGGAGCUAGUCAUGCCGGCAGCACCCUUACCAAUGUCUAUCAAAUCUAUGUGAGCAUUCAUGACAGUUCCAAGUCUGGCACAUGUUCCCAGGACGGCUUUUUUCAGCAGCCAAUGUACGAGCCUGGUAUUGGCUCAGCUGAUGAUACACAUUCCAUGGAAAGGAUAAUGUCAGGGGUAUUCGGCGAAGGAUACUUGCAGCAGAUUAAAAAGAUAUACGAAACAUGCUGCAGGCUAAGCUCUGAAGAUGAGGUUUGGCUCUUCGGCUUCAGUCGUGGUGCCUUUGUUGUGCGAGCAGUGGCAGGAUUACUGCAUUACCUGCGAGCAAUCUCUUCGGCCGGCACCCCGCAAUUCGCAGAAGACUACAAAACAGCCCUAAAAGUGUACGCCACAUUUCAGAAGCAGAGCAAGCUUGGACCUGGUCAGAUACAUUCGUAUUUCUCUGCUACUACUCGAAAACCACCAAAGAUCAAGUUCAUUGGCGCCUUCGAUACUGUCAAAGCAGUAAAUGAUCGAUUCCUUUUCGACAUUUCCUUUAACGACUCCAUCUUGCAUCUACGCCAUGCUUUGGCGCUCCAUGAGGAUAGAAAGGCGAUGACACCGGAAUACAUCUAUCCAGAUCUUAGAAAUAGACUUGGUGAGCGAAGCAUUGUGCAAGCCUGGUUCGCCGGUGCUCAUAUCGACAUGGGUGGGUCUGCCGCGAAGGCUGGCCUAUCUCUGUACCCGCUGCAAUGGAUGUUGCUCGAGAGCCAAUCCCUUGGUUUAGCCUUGUCAUUUCAUGGCACAUUUGGAGGAAGAGCCAGUAUCGACAAUCCACUACGACUCGUGUUUCCAGUCACGGAGGAGCAGGGCAAAGGAGCGGACAUGUGGACCUGCAGGAUGGAGAAUGGCUUGGAGAUCAAGAUGCAGGACAUUCGUCGGGUCCAUGGCCUCGAGCGAUACGAGGGUCGCUACAGUAUAAAGCUCAACAGACAUCACGCCACAUUGUGGCCGAAGGAGAGACGCAAAGUGGUCAACAGUGAAGGCAGCUUGAAUGGAUGGAGCUUUUUUCCCCAGGGUACCGUUAUUCAUCCCUCGGUGUUCCUCCUUAUGGAUGAGUCAAUAAAUAUCAGCCUUGAUACCAAGGACUUGAAGCUGCAUAACAGUAUCGAGCACUGCAGGAAACAGGUGAUGGGUACAAAGAGUAAUAUUCUCAACACUGGUUUUUGGAAUGAUCAGCCGACUCCGGAAUUUGAUCACCUUGGAGCAAUCCGCGUCCUGGUAUGUGGUAAUACUGGAGUCGGCAAGUCAACGUUGAUCAACAAGGUCUUUGGAGUUCCGCUUACGGGGGAAUCAUCGCGGGAGAGGGGUAUACACGAUAUCAGGAAGGAGAUCAGAUACGACGAUCGACCUGACCUGAUUGUACACGACUCUGGAGGGUUUGAGGCUGGCGCGACUGGAGAAAUUAGCGUUGUGCAGAAUUUCUUGAAGGAGAAGUCCACUACCGCUGAAAUUGACGAUCGGCUUCACGUUAUAUGGUUUUGCAUCGACAUGCCAAGUCCACGAACCAAGCAAAACGCAACACUGGAGCUCUUCAAAGCCGUCUCCGAGUAUGCGCAGGAAGUGCCCAUCAUUGUGGUGGUGACGAAGAUGGAUGAAUUCUUCGGCGCCAAAUUCUAUGAGCGCCGUACACUACUAACAAGAAACCGUCAGCCAGUAGUCAUGGAAGACUGCGAUCGAUAUGCCGAAGAUCAAGUGCGGGAGCGCGUGACCUUGAUCAGGGCAGAAAUGCUGGCCGUGCAUAACGGUCGACUCGACGCUUGUGUACCAAUUUCCCGAGACGACGAAGACUCCAUCAAAAACCUCACAGACACCACCUCCCGCUGCUUCUCCUCGGAGAAAGUCCGCAUCCUCUACAUCCGGGCACAAGUCUCGCGGAUCGAGCUGAAAAUGGACCUCGCCAUUGGCGAAGUCAUGCGCACCUACAAGCGCUCCCUCCGCGGCGCGACCGCCGUCGCCGGCAUCCCCAUCCUGCCCACCACCACGCGCGCCAGCUCCGCCGUCGACGUCUGCCGGACCAUCAUUGCGUGUUUCGGCCUGCCCUUCCUCUCCGGCGAGACCGCGCUGCAGAUUGUCAAGAUCAACGUCUGGGACGACCUGACCAACAACAUGAUUGUCGUUCUGUCCGAGGGCAUUGCGCUCGUCGGCGUCGGCGCCUCUGUGCUUCUGGGCGGCAUGCCCGUCUUCCUUGCCUCCAGCGCGCUCAACAUCCCCCUCGUGGUCCCUGCCACUGCCCGCCUCCUGCUCAUGCUCGCGGCCGAUCUGAUUCUCAUCCUGGCAAAGUCCUUUCGCGACGCCUCCGCCAAGAACAUUGGCCAGCCGCUUGCGUCUGAUCUGAGAGUCGCUGCCCGUGCGUAUCGACCCGUCGUGGGAGAGGUCCAUAGGAAGAUUAAAAAACUCGUGCCCCGCCGUAAUCUGGUCGCGUGUUACAGGACGGAUAAAGUCCGGGAAGGGUUCGAAAAUAUUAUUGAAGAGUAUAAGAAUAAAGUGGUCGAUGAUAUCCCUGUCCCCUCGGCGGAGAGGUUCGACGAGUCUGAUAAUGCAAGUGAGUCGGACUUGGCUAGUACCGAUACUCUCAUUGAUGACGCCAAGGAUAUUUUGGUAGAGGUGAAGAAAGACCAGCUGGGUGCUUGAUGGUUUUGUACUGUUUUUUUUUUUUGUUAUGUUAUCUCAUGUUAUUUUUUAUUAAUUUUUUCUUAUUUGAUUUGAUUUGAUUU